AUGUUAUUUGAAAUGGGAUUAUAUACUUACUUAGAGAGAAAUCACAGUUUAUUACUCAAAAUAAAAAUUUUUAUUCUUUUAUUAAUUAGAAAAAAACUUAAAAUUAUAAUUUUUUUAUCUGUUAUAAAAUUUUUCAAAAAUUUAAAUCUCAUUAUCAAAUAAAUAGGAAGGGCUGUGUUUCACUUAAUAAAAAUUAAUAUCCACACAGAGUACUAACCUUAAAUAUAGGGAAUUAUAAUUUUUUAUUGA